UCGGCCCGGCCUGAAUUACCACCCAACUUUUCUUUGAGGUAAAUUUGGAGCAAGGGUUUGGGGGAGAUUUGUGGAAGAAUCGGAUUCAUUUCUAUAAACUUCUCUUAUCUUCACCUCACCUCUCUAAGCAAGAAGGCACAACAGAGGGAGAAGAAGAAACCAUGCCAAAGAACAAGGGAAAGGGAGGAAAGAACAGGAAGAGAGGAAAGAAUGAAGCGGAUGAUGAGAAGCGUGAACUUGUAUUCAAGGAAGAUGGGCAAGAGUAUGCCCAAGUGCUUCGCAUGCUAGGCAAUGGCCGAUGUGAAGCCAUGUGCAUUGAUGGCACUAAGCGCCUUUGCCAUAUCCGUGGAAAGAUGCACAAGAAGGUUUGGAUUGCCGCUGGUGAUAUAAUUCUUGUUGGGCUUCGUGACUAUCAGGAUGACAAGGCUGACGUGAUCCUAAAGUACAUGCCCGAUGAAGCAAGGCUCUUGAAAGCGUAUGGUGAGCUUCCAGAGAACACUCGACUCAAUGAAGGCAUUAUUGAUGAGGAGGAUGAAGUAGGUGGUGAUGACUAUAUUGAGUUUGAAGAUGAAGAUAUUGAUAAGAUCUAGGGUUUUGGAAUUGCUUCUGCUUGAAUGAGAUGUUUAAAUGUUAGAAGAGAGAUAUGGUUUGAUUAUAGUGGAAUGCUGUUAAGAAGCCUAAAAUAUGGGAUUGCUCACAUAAGGUGUAAGUUUAGAGUUGUAAGUGGUGAAUGUGUCAUUAUCAGAUGUGUAGUUAAUUUUACUCAAAAAUGCUUUCCGUAUCUCAAAUUUCCUUUCGUAGAGAUGAUAAUGGAAUUGAAGCUUAUUAUGGGCA